AUGAGUGCCACUGCCCAUGAGCGAAUGUUUCUCGUGCAGAAUGUCAAAGUUGCCCGAGGCGGUCCAGCAAAGUAUGAUCCGGAGACUAGAAGCUACUCGGCUGACUUGAAGAUUUCGGGUGGAGCUGCGCUGUACUCAUACGGAAAGAGAUCCGCCUGGCCCGGGCUUCCUUUCAAUGCUGUUGGUAAGGCGUGGCUCAACCCUCACUUUGACAUUGGCCUCGAUGCGACCGUGAUUUACUCUGGCGGAGACCCGAACAAGCUUCAAAUGUCUCUAGAAUUUCCCAACACGAUGACUACCGUGAACGGUUCCAUCUUUACGUGGCAUAUUCUCCAAAGAAUGGGCUUCGACAUGUUCACGACUGCGAGUGGUCAUCACUACAUCAACCGAACAUUCGUAGACAAGAUCAUCCAAUUGCAGCCUCCACAAUAG